AUGGCUUCAAUCUCAAACAAUCAGGAAUCUAUAAACAAAGUGCAAAAAAUUCUCAACAAGAAUGAUCGGAUCAGCAGUUUGUCAGACCCACUUCUUAUUCACAUCCUUUCUUUCCUUCCAACAAAAUAUGCCGUCGGAACGAGCAUACUGUCAUUGAGAUGGAAGUGCCUCUGGGCUUCUGUUCCUACUCUAGACUUCGACAGUAAAUUGUGGUUUGAACUUAAUUCCGAUGUGAGACUUUCUUCCAACUUCUUGAACUUUGUUGAACGAGUAUUGUUUAAUCAUGAUUUGUCCUGCAUUCAAAAGUUCCGUUUAUACUGUAUUGAACGUAAAGAACACAAAUUAUCUAGAAUAUGUACAUGGAUAGGUGUAGCAAUACAGCGUGGUGUUCAAGAACUUGAUAUACGGAUUGGAGUAACUGAAGAACAAAAUUACUUACCUUCAAGCCUCUUCACUUGCCCAACAUUGGUAGUCUUAAAACUAGGACUUCUAGUAUGUUUCAGUGUUCCUCGGUCAGUACAUUUUAAAACUCUCAAAGUACUCCAUAUUUCACUUGGUCUUUCGAGCAAUGAGUUGACGCGAAAUCUCUUUCGUAACUGCCCUGUUCUUGAAGAUCUUAUCAUCAAAGGAGAUAUUCCGUGUAAUGAAAGACUAUUUUUUGAUGUCUCCACGCCCGCUCUGAAGAGUUUUAAGUUCGAUAUUGAUACAGAUGAUGGUGAAGAUGUGUGA